AUUGCUUAGAUCUUCAUCUCCUCAGUACAACUCUCCUGUAGUCGGAAAUUAGUCCCGCGUUCGAAUCACGGUUCGGGCUUAUCGCUUUCCCAUUUCGUGCCAGUGGUCGCAGGCUCCAAAGACCUCUGGUACAAGCAAAAGGUUGUGAGAUCCAUGUUGAGAUCACAUGUGCCAUGCAUCGCAGAGAUACAUAGGGUUUGUCUAGUGCGUUGCUGCCUUCCUUCAAUUUUCUAUAUUUGCCACUCCUUGUAUAUUUCUACCGAGCCACAUGAGGAAUCAUAACCCGUCCAGCAUGAAAAAACCAUCAACAACCACAAUCAAAACCCAUCCUUUCCCCCCAACUGCAGAUGGAUGUAAUCAAGCACGAAAACCAAGCUCAUGCCCCUACAUUUCCACAAGCCCCCUCUCAAAUAAGCCCCUCAAUCCCCUUCGCAGUUACCCCAACCCCGAGUUCCACUUAAGCAAUGCAUCCCUUUACCCCAAUGCAUAGUAAACAGAAGCUAAUGCCCGAAACAUUUGAUCUAUCAUGUCGAGCUGAGGCGAAUCAAAAAGCAAAGGGCCUGGUCUGGCUUAGUUAUAUCUUCACUGCAGCGGAAUUUUCUAUGUAUGGAUACUAAAUGCAGGAUCCCGAAGAUGUGGAUGUACUUGGAUACUCGGGAUAGUAUUACCGGAAUUGCUCCACGAGUAUAAGAACACAGCUGCUACUGUUUCAUGAGUAUUUGGAUUGCGUCGGUGCUUCGAUUUCCAUGAAUAUGUGGUUAAUUCUGAGGCAAUUCUCGGAUCGGAGAAAUAAUGCCAAGGUGAUAAGGUUACUAGGCUGCUUUGGUACGAG